UGAGAUCGAGGCGAGGCAAGUUAGUUGAGAACUUGAGAAAGAUGAAGCACAUCAAGAAAAGCAGCAGCUCGUCGAGGCUUGCCUGCGACGACGACCGUCCUACGGCGGCGUUGAGGGAGAUGGCCAGGGAGCAGUCCCUGGUGACGCAGCUGCGCGCUGUCGUGCUGCCGGCGAUCCAGCUAGCCGGCGGCCAGCGGGCCGAGGUCGUCGGCCAGAUGUUCGAGAGCAUACUGGACUGCUCGGCCAAGGCCAUAGCCGCGUUGAAGCUUCUUCCGCUCGAUCAUUCUCAAGUUGAUGAUGCUGUGCUGCCGACGGCGAUGGUGGACGACAAGACGAGAGUCAGGAAGAUCGUCACCGGCGACGGAGAGAAGGACGGCGACGACAAUGCCAAGCCCCUUCGCCGUCAGCGCAAGAGAAGGAGAUUAGCCGAUGACUCCGUGGCGCUUGAAACGCCUGUUCCUCACUACGAUGGCCACCAGUGGAGGAAGUAUGGUCAGAAAAUCAUCAACCACACAAAGCACCCUAGGAGUUACUACAAAUGCACCUACAAGCAAGAACAGGACUGCAGAGCAACGAAGACGGUGCAACAGCAGCAACAAGACGACGGCGUCGACGAUGACCCUGCCAUGUACGCCGUCGUCUACUACGGUCAACACACCUGCAAGCCCGGCCAGACCGAUGCCGCCGUCGUCGAGACGGCAAGCACCGGUAGGUGCGGUGAAGGCGGGGGAGAGGAGCUUGCCCGGAGCAGCAGCCAGUGCAGCAAUAUCUCGGUGACUUGCUCUUCGGUUGUCGUUGACCACCACCAGACGACGACGGCGUCCCUCGAGAGCAGUUGCAACCUGCUGGACAUGGCGGGAGACUUGGCUACUGCAGAGGUGAACCAGUAUGAUCAGCUGUUUGAUGUGGCUUCGUUUUCGCCGUUGGGUUUGGGGACGGCUUGGGAGAUGGAUAUGAGCGGGCAUGGGCUCCAAAAGUUUGGAGGCUGCUAAAAAUAAAAUUCGGAUCACGUCGACGGAUGAGUUAAAAACAUGUUAUGUAAGCGUAUUUUUUUAUCAACAACAAUACUCUCUUCGUUCAUAAAUAUAAGAUGGUUUGAAUAUUUCAGUAUGGACUAUAUACGGACUGAAAUGAGCAAAAAAACACAUGAAAACGUGUCUAUAUACAUUUGAUUUCAAAAAAAUAGAACAUCUUAUAUUUAUGAACGGAGGGAGUACUUAAUUGAUGUUGACGUUAUGGACCGAAAUCCAGUUGUUCAAAGAACAUUAUAUAUGUAAAGAAAAAGUGUUUCAUGCAUUUUUUUUUUGAA